UUGAAUUAUCAGUGUUUCUCUUGUCCACAGUUACAGACAUGGCGGUUGUAAAAGAAUUGGAGGAGAAAACGCCUGUUGCAUCAGAUAGUGAGGUUGUUGUAGGUCAGCCCAUAGAUUCAGAUGAUGAAAUGAGUUCUGACGAUGAAAAUGACUAUGACAGUGAUUCAAGUGAAGAAGGUAGUGAUGUUGAUGAGGAAGAUUCAGAUGAGGAACUGUAUGAAGAUGAAGAAGAAUCUGAAGAUGAUGAUGGAAAAAAUCAAACUAAUGAAUUGGAAGAUUCAGAUGAAGAUGAUGGCUCUGAUGCUGAAAUGGACAAAUCACAAGAAACAUUAGACAAUGAUGAUUUUUCUGAAGAAUCAGGCAGUGAAAACGACUCUGUUGUUGACCAUUUACCUAAAAAGAAGCGUUUUAAACCAGCUUCUGAAGCUGAACAAACUUUUAAUGAUGAGGAUGAAGAAGUAUCCUUCAAUGAUGAGAAUGUCUUAGAAGAAGAAGAUGAAGUCAUUGAUGCAUUAUGUGCGGGAAAACUGAAGUAUGGCAAAACAUAUGAGGAAGAUCAUAAUAUCAAGAAGGAAUAUAUUAAUCGAGAGGAAGAAAUGAGACAGAAAUAUAAAAUAUUACAUUACAAUGGAGACUGGCUGCAACGCCUUGACAUUACCUGCAAUGCAGCUCCUAUGGCUCCAGAAAUGCAGCAUGCAAUUGAGGCUGACAAGAAGAUACAAGCAAAGAAGUUACCACCCCUCAAAAACCCUUUCAAAGAUAUGAGUGUUCUCAAGGAUGAUUUUGAACGAGAGAUGUUGUUCCAACGACAUGCACAAGCUGCAGUGCUUGUAGGCAUCCCAAAGCUGCAAGACCUCAAUGAGUACACUCGCCGUAAUGAAGAGUUUUAUGCCGAGAUGGUUAAAUCUGACAAACAGAUGCAUAAGGUGCGGAAGAAUUUGAGGAAGAAGCUCCUAGAUCGUCAGGCAAGUGAACACGCCCGGAAGCUCCGUAAAAUGCGCAAGUUUGGAAAGAAAGUGCAAGCAGAAGUUAUUCUAACUAAAGCACAGAAGAAGAAGGAACUUAUGACCAAACUCAAGGAAUACAGACAGGGACAAAGGGAAGAUUUGGAUUUCCUUGACGGUCCGGGGCGUAGCAACAACGACGAUGACGACGUAGCUCCGUACGUCCGCCAGAAGCGCGGUGCUUCAGCAGGCAGAAGAGGUGGAAGGGGCGGUAGCAUGAGAAGAGGUAAAAGUGGCAGGGGAGGCAGCCAGCAGCCGCGCGUGCGCGCUGUACUCGUGAGUGAUGGACGCAGCAGACACGGCCGUGGACGUGGUGGCCGUGGAGGUCGUGGCGGCCGUGGAGGUCGUGGCGGCCGCCCCGGACCUAACGCGAGGAAGCAGAUGCGCGGUGGCAACCGGGACUAUGUUAAAGCUCGCAGAGGUUUUACUCGUUAAAUAAAAUUGUUAAUAUACCAGUA